GCAAAAAUCACUUGCAGUGGUAACUGGCAUGUGUCAGGUUUUUUUUACCAUAAAGUGUUGUUAAAUGUUUUCAGAGUCAUUGUGCCUCAUUCGGUUUAGUAAGCAUGUGAUCUAUCCAUUUUGAGUACUCCGUAUGUGAUAAAGUUACCACUGGAUUGUACAAUUGACGAUAUCGAAAAUUUGCUUCACCUAUUUUGGAAAAUAGCAUACUUGAAUUGAAGACUUUGAAUAUGCAUCGAUUAUUCAAGAUAAAUCAUGCGGAACGCGUCUGCCGGAAAGCAGCAAGUUCGCGGCAAAAGAAAAUUGAACGGAAGAUAGGAUCGCGUCCUAUAAAUCGAACAAGUACGAUCAACACCUCGAAUAUUGUUACGCACGAAUCAUUGAAACAAAUCGACCAAGUUGAUGCAAUAAAUCUGAAGAAUAUCUCGAAAAAUAUUUUUGCACCAGAAAACGUUAGCUUUGGCAAUAUGACGACUUAUGAAAUGAUGAGAUCAAUUCUCGUUCUCACGAUCUGCUCUCUUCCAAGACUAGCCGAGAAUGCGCCAAAGAUUCUUGAAGUUGCUCGGAAAUAUAUGGGAAAGAAGAUUUUUUCUAAGGUUAUGCGCAUGACGUUCUAUGGUCAAUUUGUCUCGGGAAAUAAUCUUGAAGAAAUUAACCAAACUAUAACUAAACUCGAACAGUGCGAUGUUCUUCCGAUGCUAGCCGUUACAAUCGAAGACCAAAUUGCUGGCAGUGAACUAAUCGGAGAUGAAUUGUACGAACACAACACAUCUAAAGUUCUUCAUUGCAUCGACGUGGCUAGCAGUACCAGACGUUCCGAUAAGCCUUGUAUGAUGCAACUUAAGUUAACUGCUCUGUUUAAUUUUGAUCUUUUGGAAAUAUUAUCAUCCAAACUGAAAACGAAUUCACAAUUGACAACAACUCAACUAGCGACUGGGAUUGAAAAUGGCGCCCCGAAGAAUGAAUUGUCAGAAAUAUUACCCUUACUGACAAAACAGCAAGUUACUGAAUUGGCUUCCGGAUUGCAUCGUCUGAUUCGUAUCGUAAACAAAGCAGACGAAAAUGAUGUCACGAUUUUAACUGACGCAGAAUACACUUGGGUGAAUCCUGCGAUUCAUUAUAUCAGUAUCGGAUUUAUGAAGGCAUACAACAAAACACAUGCCCGAGUUUAUACAACAUAUCAAGGAUAUUUAAAGGAAACUCGCGACCUAAUUCAAGUUCAUGCAAAUGAAUGUCAUGACAACGGGGUUUAUUUCGGUUUCAAACUUGUUCGUGGUGCAUAUUUGAUUCCGGAAACAUUACGAUUUGGAAGACACCCAUUAUGUCUAUGCGACAAUUUGGAAGCAACAAAUGACAACUACAAUGCUUGUGUGCAAGACAUUUUCCAAAUGGACGAAGAAAAAGUUCAAGUAAUGUUUGCUACUCAUAACGAGGACAGUGUUCGUUUAGUAGCGGAUUUGUUGGCAAGACGAAAACACAAAGAGAGUGAAUCAGCGACAGUUUCAAACAUUCGAUUCGGCCAAUUAUAUGGAAUGGCUGACUAUAUGUCUUUUACAUUGAGUAAAAUGGGUUAUGAAGUUUACAAGUCUCUUCCGUACGGUUCGGUGGAAGAAACAAUGCCGUAUCUUUGUAGGAGAGCCAAAGAAAAUACGUUGUUUCUUAGUGGAGUUAGGAAGGAGAUGAUAAUGUUGAGAAAAGGUUUGGCGAUGAAACUUGGCCGUUCCAAAAAUAAAAAUCAAUACUGCACUAAUGACUAAAAUCAUACCCAGCAUUCAACGUGACAAUACGUGGAGGAAGUCAGUAGUUUUAAACACAAUGAUCUAGAGAAGGCCUGGGCAAGUUGCGGCCCGCGGGCCACAUCCGGCCCGCGGCAACGUUUUAUCCGGCCCGCGAGCAAGGUUCUAGAUUUAGACAUUUUUUUUUCAUUUACAUAUAAAAUAUACUUUGAUUGCAAACAAAAGAAUUUUAGGACAAUGAAAAAGUCGAUAAUAACAUUCGACUAAAUUUCCUUUAAAUCGCCGAUUGUUUUCGUCAUCUCGAGGUGUUAUUUAUAUUUUAGAACGUAAACAUCUUUACGUCGGCGAUUAGUCUCCCCAAGUCACGAAUUUUCCUUAACACAUAUAUGUCUUGCAUACGGAACUGUGAAACCAUUGAAAAAAAAAAACGAGGUAUUAUAUAACCAUCGGCGACGAGAUGCUAAAGAUGAAUGAAGGAGUGAAUCUGCAAGCAACCUAAAUCUAGAUUUAGGGCGGCAAUUGAAAAUACCAAAAAUUGAACAGAAACAAGUUAUGAUUCAAACGGCUCGCGACAGAUUGAAAACGCUUUUGUGAAAAUGGAAACUAAAAAAUUUCUGGUGCCCACGGCACACAUUUUAAUUGCGUAUAGCCUUCGUGGGCGCGAUGUACCUUUUGAUCAAUUCUAAAACUACCGACGGGGCCUGAUUUAUAAGAUAAUUAAUGUAAGGUAAACUCAAUCGAUUUUUAUGUAACUAAAAAGAAUUUUACUCGAUGUACUUUUAUCGCAGACGUGGGGAUUUUUCUGAUUGUAAAAUCUUUAAAACAGAGCUAAGUCAAUGUUGCAGGAACAGAUCAGAUUUGUCGAAUUCACAAAAUCGCAAAACACGAAUAAAAAUAUUCUGGCACGUAACCUCACAUUUUAAUAUCCGCGGAAUGCGGUGGUAUUUCAGAAUUCCAAUGCUUAUAUUUAUCAGAGCAGCCGCGGGUUGGGUUGAAAACAACAAGACAUUUCAAUGUGCCCGUAUCAAUGCGUUUUAAAUAUAUCCGUAUCGCAAAAAUAGAUAUAGUAUAUAUAUUCAGUAUAUUUCACAUUUUUAAAUCUGCAGACAGCCGGGGUAUUUUAAAGCAGACUUUUAAGCUCGCAACGCCUUCCGAUGCAUUAAAAUUUCGGCGAACCUUGUUCACCUUAAAAAUGCUAUGAUGACAGCAAAAUUAUAUGAAUCACGAUGUUUGGCCACCGAAAGCAUGGUCCUAAUUCCGCAUUGUUACUCACUUUCCACCAUUAAUGACAAAAUUCGGCAUUGUUAUGCAAGCGUUCCGUUUCUCCGAUCCAAUGUAUUGUCUCGAAAUCGCCAGAUUUACGUUUUAAACUAGUUUUAUUAAAUGCGCUUCGAAUAAAAAUUUCUAACAAAGUGCAAUAAAUAUAGUACUCAUUUAUAUACUUACUUAUAUAUAGUACGUAUUUAAAUAUGUAAAAAAAUAAAAUAAAAACGCGCAAUUGACUCUACUUAGUCCGUCCCGCCACUGCAUUUUGAAUAUUCAAUGUGGCCCGAUACCAAAAAUAAUUGCCCAGCCCUGAGAGUGAAUUUACAUAGUAAAAAAAUUAUCAAAAUCAAAUAACAAUUCAUUUUAGUUUAUCCAACCUUACCGUCUUUAUAGUUUUAGUUGCUAUUUUUUGCAAUGUAAUAUUUUAUGUUCAUAUAUAUCUAUAUAUAUAACAAGUUUUAUUGGGAACGAAACAUGGUGAGAUGGCGAUUUUACUUGGUGAUCACGCUUAGUGCAUUUUCCUUAUUUGUAAUAUUUUUGUUUUUCCAUUCCCUUCACCUAUCUAAACUUUUGCCGUAUAGUCUACCGUAAUUUGUCUCAAAUAUAUUUUAGAAAAUAUCUACUUACUGUCACAAUAAUUUUUAUUAUUUUUUUAAACGGUUGCAUAUUUGGUGAAUAUGCUACCUAUUUGCCAAAAUUGCUUUUCGGUGCAGAUUCUCUUUCGGAGUGUUUUGGUGCUUCAUUUCUGCUAGCUUGGCAAGAGUAACAGAAACGAAACGUUAUAACGAAAAAUGUUUUGUGGCAAAUUUUGAUUCCAUAUAGUAUUUUAAAACUUUGUUUGGGAGACUCUAAUUUUUAAAAGGCAACCCUGCAGAAAUCGACCGAUAAUAA